AUGACUCGACAGUUUCAAGUGUACCUUAAUCCAUCAGUCUCUUCAAUUACUUACAGCUGCGUCCAUUGUCGUGCACAUCUUGCUGAUCAUAAUGAUCUCAUCAGCAAGGCAUUCCAAGGCAGUCAAGGGCGUGCCUAUCUCUUUGACAAGGUAGUUAAUGUUAAGUCAGCGAGUGCGGAGGAUCGUCUUUUGCUAACUGGUCAACACCGGGUGGCCGACUUACACUGCGCCGGUUGCAAUUCUCUCCUUGGAUGGAAGUACGAGCGCGCUUUUGAAGUCAGUCAGCGCUACAAGGAGGGGAAGUACAUAAUUGAACUGGCACAUCUGAUUAAGGAAAACCGGUGGACGGAGUCCUGUUUGCCUUCCUCACCCUCUUCGGGCUAUCAAAGUGGUGAAGCCACAUCGCCCGUCGGCCGACCAUCUUCGACUACGAUGGCUGCAGGUGGGCAGCGAAAUGAGGCCUUCACUGUGGAUAGUUCCGGUGACGAAGAGGCAGGGCUGUUGCCCUCUACUUCGACACAUCAGCAACGACAGCCUUCGUCGUCGGUCUCAGAGUGUAGCGGCACUCUUCGUCGCACCAUCGAACCUACUGCUACACCCGAUGUCACAUUUGAACAGACCUCACCACAGCUGAAUCCUGCCUACUUGAGGUGGAGCGAUCUGCCCCUGGUGAGUUAG